AUGGACCAAAAAUAUCAAUACUUGAAAUUAUCGAUAUUUGAUAAUAUCGAUAUUAAAAUACUCAUCGAUCUUCGUUGCUGUUUGCCUGUUUCCUACUUUGUUCAUUUGUACAUUUUUGAUUUUUCUCAAAUCCGGUUCUGCUGGAUUAUUCAACAAAAAGGAUUGAAUGUGGUUGCAAAUCGCAUUGCGAAAUUGGAAUUGGAAAUUGUCAAAUUGAAAGAAUAUUUGGAAAAUAUUCUUCCUCAAAUAGCUGGACUAAACAAGCAACAACCUUCUACCGAAACAUUGACAACAACCUCAAUUCCUCCUCUCCCCUGUAAUGAGAAGGAGGAAGUAGAGAAUCUCGAAGUGUGGCUGGAAUCUGAGCAAAACCAAAACCUCCUAGUUCAAUAUCUUGGUCGGGUAGGGGGCAAAACAGUAGAUUAUGUUGUCAGAAAAACACUAGCUCCAUUAUUCUCAAACAAAAUGGCACAAUCUUAUAAUUGGACGGGAAAAAAUGGCAAGAAUGCUUUGCUUCAGUUGAGAAUUAAAGACAUAAUUUUCCGCGUUGUUUGCAAUAAUAAGCAGACCGAAUAAGGAAGUGAGUACAACAUAAUUGAAAAGGCCAAAAGUUGGUUUCGAUUUGCCAAAGAUCGUGAUGGAGGACGGGAGGAGAGACAUAAGAGUAAAGCUAAUUGAGUUGAAACAAAGUCUGUGUAAGCAAAUGUAUCUCUAAAAUAUUAGUUUAUUCAGAAGUUUGGCUGAAAACUAUGAAAGCUAUGUUUACAUGUGUGGUAUAAAGCUAUGUUAUACAGAGGGGUGCAAAAGUAGGUAUACAGUAAUUAAAUAUGUUAAAAAAUAAGUAGGUUUAUUUCUACAAAAACUAAACUUUUACAAUCUAUUUUAAGAGCAUUAAGAAACAGAAAUCAACUCUUAAAAGUGUUGUACUUCACCAAUACACUGUGAUAUUACAUUUUUUCUCGAUUAAAAUCAAAUCUUCAAUUCAAGAUCUAUAAAACUUGAUAGUAAAUAUCAGAGUAAUCGAUAUGCGGACAACUUU